AUGGGUCUGCUAAGCGUGGAUUUGCUGAUCACGCUUCAGAUUUUGCCGGUCUUUUUCUCCAAUUGCCUCUUCCUUGCGCUGUAUGACUCGGUGAUCCUUCUGAAGCACAUGGUGCUGUUCCUGAGCCGGUCCAAGUCCGGGCGCGGUGAGUGGCGAAGGAUGCUGACCUCGGAGGGGCUGCGCUGCGUCUGGAACAGCUUCCUCCUGGACGCCUACAAGCAG